AAAGUGAAUGGGUAUUGACCCCGUUCGUAAAAAAAAUCACCCAAAAAUGAUCAAAUUUCUCGUAUUUUUAUUUUUCAAUACAGUAGAGUUAGCGCCGCACAGCCAUACCUAUUCCCGACCACAAUGAUUGAUCCUACCCUUCACACUGGCCAUGAUCAGACCGUGUCCUAAGCUACCGUGCACGAAAAGUUCUGGAAAUCAUCAAGUUUUCCUCACCUGCUUUGAUUCUCUCCGAAACAGCGACUGUGUGUCAACUAUCAUGUUCUCAACAAAGACAAGCGCGCCCACUGGAAUGAUGACCAUUAGCCCCGCACCCGCUCCUGAAAACACCCCAGCAAGCAUUCCAACAGUGCUUGCUGAUGUAUGUGAAGCCUCGUUGCUUCAGGCUGAGCCGGUGGGAGACAGAAACACCAUACUCACAUCCAGAUCCUAGUUGUCAAGUUCGCGACUACACCCACGGUUGCCAACUUUAUCAAAGAGGUCCCUUGCUGGUGAGCUGAGAGAAUGCGGCA